AUGGGCGAUAAAGGCGACGGGGAGACGUUCGACGAUGCCGUCGAAGAGCGAGUCAUCAACGAGGAGUACAAGAUUUGGAAGAAGAACACGCCGUUCCUCUACGAUUUGGUGAUGACCCAUGCUCUUGAAUGGCCAUCGCUCACAGCCCAAUGGUUGCCGGACGUUACUCGCCCCGACGGUAAGGACCAUUCCAUACAUCGUCUGAUCCUCGGAACGCACACCUCCGACGAGCAGAACCACCUUCUCAUAGCCAGCGUCCAGUUGCCCAACGAAGAUGCACAGUUCGAUGCUUCGCAUUAUGAUAACGAGAAGGGAGAGUUUGGGGGCUUCGGAUCAGUCUCUGGUAAAAUUGAAAUAGAAAUAAAGAUUAACCAUGAAGGUGAAGUGAACCGAGCUCGUUACAUGCCCCAAAAUCCAUGCGUGAUCGCAACAAAAACACCAUCGAGUGAUGUACUGGUCUUCGACUACACGAAACAUCCGAGCAAACCGGAUCCGAGCGGAGAGUGCCAUCCGGAUCUUAGAUUACGAGGUCAUCAAAAAGAGGGAUACGGCCUAUCGUGGAAUCCCAAUUUAAACGGAUAUCUCCUAUCGGCUAGUGAUGAUCACACCAUAUGCUUGUGGGACAUAAACGCCACCCCCAAAGAAAAUAGGAUUAUAGACGCGAAGACUGUUUUCACCGGUCACACUGCUGUUGUGGAGGACGUGGCUUGGCAUCUGCUGCACGAGAGCCUCUUCGGCUCGGUGGCCGACGAUCAGAAACUAAUGAUUUGGGACACACGAUGUAACAACACCAGCAAACCGUCCCAUACCGUAGACGCUCACACUGCUGAGGUGAAUUGCUUGAGCUUCAACCCGUAUUCGGAAUUCAUACUGGCCACUGGAAGCGCCGAUAAGACGGUGGCUUUGUGGGAUUUGAGGAAUUUGAAAUUGAAGCUGCACAGUUUCGAGUCGCACAAGGAUGAGAUCUUCCAAGUGCAGUGGUCGCCGCAUAACGAAACCAUCUUGGCCUCGUCGGGCACCGAUAGAAGAUUGCACGUGUGGGAUUUGAGUAAAAUCGGGGAAGAACAAAGCCCAGAAGAUGCCGAAGACGGGCCGCCGGAGUUGUUGUUCAUCCACGGGGGACACACCGCGAAAAUAUCAGAUUUUAGUUGGAACCCGAACGAACCGUGGGUCAUUUGCUCGGUUUCCGAGGAUAAUAUCAUGCAGGUGUGGCAGAUGGCGGAGAAUAUUUAUAACGAUGAGGAGCCUGAACAGCAGGCUUCCGAUAUCGAAGCAACAGCCAGUUAA